AUGUCUGAGGUACAGGCUCGAUCCCAGGCCCCCGCCUCCCGCGGUAGGGGCGGUGGCCGCGGCGGACGAGGUGGUUUCGCAUCGCGAUCUGCCAAUCCCAGACGCCCCAACGGCGACAAGGCCGCUGCAUCAGAUUUCGCCGACGAGGACGGCGACGUCAGCCAGCUCAGAAAGCAGUACGGCGACAAGGUCGAGACCCUCCAGAGCAUCUUCUCCGACUGGUCUGACGCCGACAUUGUCUACGCUCUGCAAGAGACCGACGGCGAUGUAGAGGUUGCCGCUACCCGCAUUUCUGAAGGCACCAUCUCGCAAUGGGGCGAGGUCUCGAAGCCCAAGAAGACGACCAAGCCGAAGGCUAAGGACUCGGCCCCGUCGACCGGCCUGACCGAAUCAUCUGGUAACAGCAGAACCGCCCGCGGUGGUCGCGAGGGCGCACGAGGUGGUCGUGGUGCUCGCGGCAGCGACCGCGCCCGUGGUGGCCGCGGCAGGGGCGCUGCCACCCAGCCCGCUACAAACGGUCACCGAUCCAAGGAGAACCAGCAGCUCUCCGUCCCGACCGAAGAAGCUCCCGGCUGGGGCAACACCACGACUGACGACAUCACCACGAACGAAUGGCCCACCACCGAGGCCACCAAAGAUACCACCGCCGCUGCCGCUCCCACCACAUCUGCUCCUGCCCCUACUGCCGAGCCUGCUGCGCCAAAGGCCAAGACCUGGGCCAGCAUGCUGCGUCAAUCCACCGCCCCGAAGCCCGCCCCGAAGCCCCAAGAACCUGCUGUCCCCAAGCCUGCCGAAGCCCUGGAGCCCUUGCCUCCUGCCGAACCCGAGCCUGCUGCAGUUGAGGCUCCUGUCGAAGAGAUCACCGAGAAGCCUGCCGAGGAAUCUUUGCCCGAGCCUGUUGUCCCACAGGAGGCCCCCAAGGUUGUCGAGCCCGAGGUCGCAUUGCCUCCCUCGGACGUCGACCUAACCAAGAGAAAUCUUGACCAACUUCCCGACGAGUCGCACCCGCCCACCACCGCCACUGCCGCCAGCACCGCUGCCGACUCGUGGGAUCCCCGACAGGCUGCUCAGCAGAGCGCCGCUGCAACUCCCCUCUCGGCCGCGCAGGCUCAGCACCAGGGUGCUCGUCCCACAACCGGUUUUGCUGCCACGGCGCUCAAGGCCACGGAGAGACCCGUUCGUGUGCCUAGUUACCAGCGACGACUUGAACAAGAGGAGGCCGUCCGCCUUCCUGGCAACCGUGAGGUUGACCGCGCCGCUGUGCAGUUUGGUGCUUUCAGUCUGAACGGCACCGAGGACGACAUCGACGGCGACCGCGAGGAGGCCGAGACUAGGGCCCAACCUCCCUCCGACUCCCCCAUCCAGCCUCGAGCUUCGCUCCCCCCCGUUGCUCAGGCUCCCCAGCAGGCGCCGGUGCCUGACGCGUUCCCUACUGCCAACGCGCAGAAGCCCGCGGCCGCCUUGCCUCAGCCUGCUGCAGCUGGUACGAUCCCCUUCCACCUGUACGAUGAGGCAAGACUUCGUGCUAACCAAGGUUCAGCCACCCCAGUCGCGCCGCCCACUGGCCCCGCUGCCGGAGCUGCCGCGCAACGUAUGCCUCAGUAUCCUCCUCAAGAUGCUCGCCUUACUAAUAUGGGUCCAGAACCAUUCAACCAGCAGUACGGUCGAUUCGGUCAGGAUCAGUCAUCGUUCCCUCCCAAGCCCUACGACACUUUCGGCCAGCAACCCGCUGCCACCUCUGCCCCGGGCUUGGACAGCUUCCCGGCACCCGCAACCCAGGCUCCUGGCCAGCCCGGUGCUGCUGCGGGUACUGGCGCUGGCGCCUUUAGCUCUGCUCCUAACGACUACUCUUCAUACUACACCGCCGACCAGCAGAGUCGCGGCAGCUACAACAACUACUACGGACAAGGCUAUGGCCAACAGGGUGCCCAAGGCCACAACGAGGGCCCAAACGCUCAUCGCGCUCCUUUCGGCGGCUACAACUCCUCCCAGAGCAACGACAACUUGAGCCAGUACCCCCAGAGCGCUACCCAGCAGUCUCGCUACGGCUCGAACGCUGCCGCCGACGCGCACAACAGCGGUCACAACACUCCUAACCCCACCGGCCCCAGCCAGCCACAGCAGUCUGCCCAAACCAGCGGACCCCAAUCGAACCUGCACCAGCAGCAGCCUCCUAGUGGCGGGUUCCCUUACGGCCACCCCUACAACAACAGCCCUUUCUACUCUCAGUACAUGAACUACUACGGCGGUUAUGGCCAGGGUGGCUACGGCGGAGGCCCCUAUGGCAAGGGCGGUGUUUACGGCCAGCCCCACCAGUAUGGAAUGUCCCACCAAUCUCCCUACGAGCACAGCUCCUCCCCUGCCACCAGUGGCUUCGGCCAGUCCUCGCUGGCAGGCCGUGACAGCGGUCUUGGCUCCAGCAUCGACAACUACGGCCGCGCCGGAUCCGCCCAGUCCGGUGCCCAGUCGCUCGGCAACAGCGGUUUUGGAGGCGCGCACGACGCCUUCAACCGUGCCGGCAGCUCGUCGUACCAGUCCCAGGCCGGCCAAGGCUUUAGCGGCCCGAAUGCGCCGGCUGGCUCAUCCGCCGAUGACCUCAAGCCCUAUGGCGAAAGCAAGACAGCCGGCGGCCCUAGCCCGGCCCUCGGCGGUGGUGCUCGCCCCGGCUCGGCUACCAACAACACUCCUGGCCAAAGUGGACUCCCGCCGCCCCAGUCGGGUGCGCAGGGCAUGGGUGGCUUUGGUAACUACCCCAGCCACCUCCAAGGCCAUGGCCUCCACGGAAACCAGACUGGUGGCAGCGGUUUUGGCCAGGGUCACGGUAGCUAUGGUCAGUACGGUGCUUAUGGUGCUGGCCAAUACGGCAACUACGGCCGACAAGGCGGCGGUUGGGGCAAUAACUACUAA